CCCUAUUGGCUUUCUUGGUUGAGCUUCUUAAGAGUUCAGUAGCAAUGCAAGAACAGAUGCUUGGUGGAAAAGGCUUUCUAGUCAUUGGCUACCUCCUUGAAAAGUCAUCUAGAGUUCAUAUAACCAGAGCAGUUCUGGAACAAUUUUUAUCAUUUGCAAAAUAUUUGGAUGGAUUGUCUCACGGAGCACCUCUGCUGAAGCAAUUAUGUGAUCACAUCCUUUUUAAUCCCGCUAUCUGGAUACAUACCCCUGCAAAGGUGCAGUUGUCUUUGUAUACCUACUUGUCAGCUGAAUUCAUUGGAACUGCUACAAUCUACAACACUAUACGCAGAGUAGGAACAGUACUGCAGUUAAUGCACACACUGAAAUACUACUACUGGGUGGUUAAUCCUGCUGAUAGCAGUGGCAUUACUCCUAAAGGGUUAGAUGGUCCUCGACCCUCACAGAAAGAAAUCAUAUCACUAAGAGCAUUCAUGCUUCUGUUUCUGAAACAACUUAUAUUGAAGGAUCGAGGUGUGAAAGAAGAUGAACUGCAGAGCAUAUUAAAUUACUUGCUAACAAUGCACGAGGAUGAAAAUAUUCAUGAUGUGCUGCAGCUGCUGGUGGCACUGAUGUCUGAACACCCAGCAUCCAUGAUACCUGCCUUUGAUCAGAGAAAUGGGAUACGAGUAAUUUAUAAACUUUUGGCUUCCAAAAGUGAGAGUAUAUGGGUGCAAGCUUUGAAAGUCCUUGGAUAUUUUCUCAAACACUUGGGUCAUAAACGAAAGGUUGAAAUCAUGCAUACUCACAGUCUUUUCACUCUUCUUGGAGAAAGGUUGAUGCUGCAUACAAACACAGUGACCGUUACAACAUAUAAUACGCUUUAUGAGGUACAAAUUAUUAAACAUACAGAUUCUAAUCUCUAUGGUAAAAUGUAUGGCUUAAUUAAAUUUUUAUACAACCUUUUAAUACUUUUUGUGCUUUGCAAUAUUCUGAUUUUCAAGACAUCUGAGAAAAUUAUAGAUAGAAGUUUUAAGAAAGAUCGCUUUCGCUCAGAAUUUUGCCACAGUUAUGACAAAUGUUUUCUUGGCUCUUCGGAGACUGCUGAUGCUAACAGAGUGUUCUGUGGCCAACUUGGAGCUGUAUAUGUAUUCACAGAAGCCCUCAACCCAGCACAGAUUUUUGCAAUACAUCAGUUAGGACCUGGUUAUAAGAGCACAUUCAAAUUUAAAUCUGAGAGCGACAUUCAUCUGGCUGAGCACCAUAAACAAGUGCUAUAUGAUGGGAAACUUGCAAGUAGCAUUGCUUUUACUUAUAAUGCAAAGGCUACUGAUGCUCAGCUAUGCCUUGAAUCCUCACCAAAGGAAAAUCCUUCGAUUUUUGUACACUCCCCACAUGCUCUUAUGCUUCAGGAUGUGAAAGCGAUCGUAACCCACUCCAUUCACAGCGCAAUUCAUUCCAUUGGAGGGAUUCAAGUUCUCUUUCCUCUCUUUGCCCAACUAGACAAUCGACAGCUGCAUGACAGUCAGGUGGAAACAACAGUUUGGUAAGCUUCUUUCAAACAAGAUAAACACUAAAUUUAGCUAAGUUCCUGUUUUGGGAAUGUUUUGUUUGUUUUCUUUUUUAAAUGCUGUAACUUCUGUUGUACGUUUGUUUCAUUAAAAAUACAUCCUGAAUUUGCAGAAAUAAUUUACUGUAGAAUUGUGCAAAUCAUAAUAACCUAAGGAGAUUCUAGAUUAAGCUGGUCAUAAGUGAUUGGAUUGAAUAAUGAAUUCAAAUCACAUUGAAGGUUUUUUAAGAAUAGUUUUUUGAUGGUUUUUUUCAACUUCUAAAAUAAAUAAAUGUGCUUUUACUUGUAGAUGUCAUUUACUUCUCAAAUGUCAUUUACUUCUCAAAGUCUGAGCCAUUUGAAUCCAUACUUAGUAAUAUUCCAAGUGAAAGAAAGAUAUCACUUUCCAUAUUAGUACAUGGGCAGAAGGUCACAAAGCUAUGCAUAGCUUUGUUUUAACCAUAUUACAAUUGCAGCAGACUAGGGGGGAUUUUAAGAGACUUCUAAACAAAGGUGCAUGAAACCUCUGCUGUGAUGACAUCGACCUCUUGCUGCAUCCUGUCUGAGGGGGAUCUUGUUCUAUUGGUAACAUAAAAUAUGAAAAAUAAAUAAAAACUAAAUGUGUAUGGUAAUGAAACUGAAAAGUUAAAGCUUAAGUCCUGUUAACUGUAUUUUUCUGUGAAGGAUUUGGGAAUGGCAUAAACUCUCUCUUGUGUUUCAAUAAAUAUAUAAAGUACAUAAUUCAGAGUACAUGGAGUAUUUCCCUGUUCAGAAUGCCCUCCAUUAUUAAUUAUUCUG